AUGGCGACAGCAGCCACAAGUCGGCCCAGCGGCCCGGUGCUGUCCAUACCCAGCUACCGCUCCGCCUCGCCCACCCGCGUCAAGCUUCCCGCCGGUGGCAGCGGCGCCAACCGCUCCACGGGCAAGUCCGUCAGCGUCUCGUCCCCGUCCUCCACCACCACAAGCCGGCGGUCCUGCAUGUGCUCCUCGACGAACCACCCGGGCUCGUUCCGGUGCAGCCUCCACAAGGAGCGCAACCAGGCGGCCCCCGCCGGGAGCAGCAAGCCCGCCUCCCCGCCGUCCGUCCGCAGCGCCUGCAAUCUGGGCUCGAAGCGCAUGGACAGCGCUCAGUGUGCCCGCAGGGCGCUCGCGCCUCCCCCCUCUGCGCAGCAGUCGCAGCAGCACCGGAGGCGCGCGGGCGGGUUCCGCCCCAGGCCCAGCAGACUCUCCGCCGUCUCCACGGCCGGCGAGCGUCCCAUCAACAAGUACCAGUAA